AUGGCGUUUCACAAGGACCAGGACCUGGCGUGGACACCCGAAUGCAUGGACGCCUACAUGCGCACGGCGCUGCACCAGGGUGCGCGCUUAGGCGUAACAGGCCUGAGCCAGGAUGACUCAACUCAGCAGCAGGAUCAGCCGCAGCAGCAGCAGCAGCAGCAGCAGCAGCAGCAGCAGCAGCAGCAGCAGCAGCAGCAGCAGCAGCAGCAGCAGCAGCAGCAGCAGCAGCAGCAGCAGCAGCCCUCCAUAUCCCACAUCGUGGCGUUGGGCUCCCAGGUAUAUACCAAGGGCGCCGGCCCCAAGGCGGCCAGCUGGGUGCUGCAGGUCGGGAUCGUCGUCGGCCCACCCCCCAGCCCCGUCGGCGCCGGCCCCGGCGCAGGCGGCGCCGCGGGGCCCGCUGCGCCUGCGGCUGCACCGGGGGCGGCGGCGCGGGUGCUGGCCAUGGGGGACGCAGCACAGGAGGCCGUGGGGUCAGGGCUCAGGGCGGCGCUGUCCAAAGGCAAGUGGGCCAGCUACGGCCUGAGGCUGGCCGAGCUGCUGCCAGGAGACGAGGAAGACCUCGCAGGCAGCGCGCGUCUCGAGGCGCUGCCAGGAGUGCCCCCUGUCCCCGUGGCGCUGCUAGUCUGCAGCCGUACGCUGUUUUACAGGCCACGUGAGCGCCGGCCUUGUGAAUGA